AUGACACUUCUAUUAUCCUUAUAAUAGCCUUAUUAGGGGUAUUUCAAAUGUGCUGUUACAAUAAUGUUUUUAAAUCUUUGAGGAAUUCUGAACUUGCAUAGUGUGCAACCAUACCGACAUUGAGAUGACCAGUGCUAUGUGGUCUGAAUAAUUCAUUGUAAGUUGCUCUCUAUACUUUCCCUCGAUCUAUUCUAGACAAGCUAAGGAUACAUCAUUGGAACAAAUAAUCGUGUGAUGUGUAUUAUGGUUGAUGGUGGUAAAUUGGUCUGUGAACUGUAUCUUGCAGUGGCUUACAUGAAAGUCUUAUGAAUAGGCUUUGUGCAAUAAUUUCAGUACACAUAGUCUUAAUGUCAAUGGAGCACCAGGCGAUGUCAGUGUUACACAAGGAAGUAGUUUUGAGACUAAGCCCUGCCCUCUUGGUACGUCUGAGCUCUUUGUGCAGCUCUGACAGAAAUGCGUGCGGCCACAUCGAUGUAGCCUGUAUAUGACAUCUUCUAUUCGCCUACCCGGACUUGAAAUGGCACGGCUUACUGAUAAUACUGAUUUACUCAGCUAAAUUGAAAAAGAGCAUUGCGUCCAUUAAGGCCAGAUGAAUUAGUUGUAAGCUAUGUUCGCGAUGGGAGACCGAAAACAAAGACGUGGAUGGGAGUACGGGUGGACUGCACUCGGAUUCUACUUGCUGUUGUGUUUCGCGAAGCAAGCUUCAGCACAGAUCCGUUAUUCCAUUGCAGAGGAGGUUAAAGAGGGAUCUGUUAUUGGAAACAUUGCAAAGGAUUUGGGUUUGGACCUCAGUACUUUGGCAGACAGGCGGUUGCGUAUCGUUUCUGGAUCUAAAGACACACUGUUCGAGGUAAAUCAGAACAAUGGCGUUUUAUUGGUCGGUAGAAAACUGGACAGAGAAGAGCUGUGCGAUGGGAUCGAGGCAUGCUUGAUCAACUUAAAAAUUGUUGUGGAAAACCCUCUUGAAGUUCAUUAUGUUGGUGUUGAAAUUACUGAUGUAAAUGACCAUUCGCCUAGUUUCUCCGAGAACGACUUGCAUUUGGAAAUAGCGGAGAAUACGCCAAAAGGCGCACGCUUCGAGCUACAAAGUGCUCGUGAUCCAGAUGUCGGUGUCAAUUCCAUACGCUCAUAUAAAUUGCUUCCGAAUGAUCAUUUUGACUUGGAGUUACGCGACAGUGGAUACGGAGAUAAAACUCCAUUUUUAGUUUUGCAAAAAACACUAGACAGAGAAAACAUUAAACAGCAUACAUUUAAAUUAACAGCAAUAGAUGGUGGAAUUCCACCCAGAUCGGGUACUCUUAACAUUACAGUUAAGGUGCUUGACAUAAACGACAACCGCCCAGCAUGCAGUCAAGACGUGUACACAGUACAGUUGCCGGAAAAUGCCCCUGUUGGUACCAUUGUUAUGGCAGUAAAUGCAACAGAUGCUGACGAAGGCAUUAAUGGAGAAAUUGAAUAUACUUUUAGCAGAAACAUAAAACGUAGGGUGCAUGACAUUUUUACAUUAGACAGUGUCACAGGUGAAAUUAAAGUUAAGGGCGAAAUUGACUUUGAAGAACAUGAACUUUACAUCUUAAACAUACAAGCCACUGAUAAGGGCCAACCCCCUACGGCUGCUGACUGCCGAGUAAUGAUAAAGAUACAAGACGUAAAUGACAAUAAACCAGAGAUAGACGUGACAUCCCUGUCUAAUGUGAUAUCUGAAGAUUCAAAACAUGGGACGGUAAUAUCCCUUAUUAGUGUUCGGGAUAUUGAUUCUGGUGCAAACGGUAAAGUUAUCUGUAGCCUCUCGGAAUCUUUACCAUUUGAGUUAAAACCGUCUAUCCAAGAAAAUAUGUACUCGUUAGUAACUAAAACAAAUUUAGACAGGGAGAGGACAUCACUGUAUGAUAUCACGAUACAAGCUACAGACCUCGGAGUGCCCCCAAUGACGGCAUUCAAAAGUUUGGUUGUACAAGUAUCGGAUGUAAAUGACAACAGCCCACAAUUUCUUCUAAAUCCCCUUGAGCUGUACCUACCAGAAAAUAACGUCCCAGGUGCAUCUAUAUUCUCUGUUACUGCUUCAGACAAAGAUUUGGAUAAAAAUGCUGCAAUCACGUAUUCCAUUUUUAGAGGCGAUGGGAAUGGUAUUGCGUCUUUCUUGAACGUUAAUUCUGAGACAGGAGUAAUCCAUGCGCUAAAAAGUUUUGAUUUUGAAACGACAAAGUCGUUCAGAUUUCAAGUGGUGGCGAAUGACUCUGGAAGCCCUUCAAUGAGCAGCAAUGUUACAGUGAAUGUAUACAUUUUGGAUCAGAACGACAAUACCCCAGUCAUUUUAUCUCCUGUCAGUGCAAACGGUUCGGCCGAAGGCGUGGAAGAAAUUGCUCGAAAUGUGAACGCAGGCCACUUGGUAACCAAAGUGAGAGCUUAUGACGCCGAUGUUGGAUACAAUGGAUGGUUACUAUUUUCUCUUCAGGAAAUUACUGACCAUACUCUUUUUGGUUUAGACCGCUAUACUGGACAGAUACGGACUCUUCGUUCUUUCACAGAAACAGACGAGGCUGAGCAUAAACUGCUCAUACUGGUGAAAGACAAUGGAAAUAUUUCACAGUCUGCAACAGCGACUGUUAUCAUUAAAGCAGUGGAGCCCAAAGAAGCGUUUGCUUCGUCUGAUGUUAAAACAAUAGGGGAGACAGAGGACAAUGAUAUCACUUUUUACCUCAUUAUUACUCUAGGAUCAGUUUCAGUGCUUUUUCUCAUCAGCAUAAUAGUUUUGAUUGCGAUGCAAUGCUCCAAACGCACAGAUUCUUCCAAGUACCUACAAGAGGCUAACUAUGACGGAACACUGUGUCACAGCAUUCAGUACCGAUCCGGGGACAAACGUUACAUGCUAGUUGGACCAAGAAUGAGCAUCGGUUCUACCAUAGUACCCGGAAGUAACGGAAAUACCUUAGUUGUUCCCGAUCGCAGGAGAAGACUCUCUGAAGAGGUAAGAUUUAAUAGAUCAUUAAGUUGUCCUUAAUGUCAUAGAAGUACACUUGCACACUUGUUGGAGUUAUGUUUAGUGUCCAAAAUAUUUCCCCACUUAGCCCCACAAAGUCCCUACAUUAGCCCCAUGAAAAGUGAUGCAUACAUGUCUCUGUCCAUGGUACUGAAAUUAUUUUAAACAUAACAACAGUGCGCGGUCGAAGAAACUUUGUCACAUCUACAGAUUCAUUUCAAUUUCUCACUGAGGACCAGAUGAUGUCAGUGUUGUAUUAGCUAACCGGCUGAGAUAAAAUAAGCCCUGCCCAUUUAGCUUCCGUUCAGCUUUUUUUUGUUUCAGACGCAGUGUGAUAUUUCCGAGCUUGGUGAUAGAAAACGGUGCUGUGGAUAUGAGGCAAUGAUUUCACAUUGACUACAAAAAUGUUGAAUACUAGUGUUGAGACAGGAUUUCGAGAUUGAUCGUACGUACCAAAUACUUUGAUCGAUACUGAUUUGUUCGC